AUGGCUCACAUUUCAAACAUCCAUCCACGGCAGUGCAUGAUUCGAACGUCUCGCCCGCAGAGCGCGUCUCCGACGAUGACCCCCGUCGACGCCCCGCGCGCGUUCGGCGCCGACGCGGACUCGGUGAAGACGGGGGUGUUCGUGCGACGACGGGCCGAGGACGGGACGCGGGACGACGACGCGGUCGCGCGCGGGACCACACGGCGCCCCGCGCGUCGCUCGGACGCCCCGUCGUUCGAGCGGGUGCUGAAAAAUGAGCGCGAGUUCUCCCGAGAGGGGCGCGCGCGGGCGUGCGCGGCGGCGUGGGAGGAUUUGGACGCGCGGUGUCAGGCGGUGGCGGAUGACGCGCACGGCGAGGCGUUUCGUCGCGUGGAGGACUUCGUCCGUCGGUGUGGCUCGGAAAUCGGGGAUGGGACGACGUCCGUGGUGGGGUUCGAUAAAGUGCCGAGCGGUGUGGUGCUCGCGGGGGGGGUGAACAGCGAUGAUCACGAGGAGACGUUCGCGGCGCUGACGCGGAGUCUGCGACGGACGGGCGAGGCGCACUGCGCGUUGUUACGGUCGCGAGAUCUCAAGGCGCGUGGGUCGGGCACCGGGGGUGGUGGAUUGAGCGUUGCGUUCGGGGUGAUCCUGCGGCAGCUCGAUCGCGAUGGGAGGCACUGGGGGGGGAAGAGCAUGCGCGCGGUGCGGCGGUGGUACGCGGAGGCGUCUCGGGAGACGCCGGAGACGCUCGGAGACGUCGAGCGAGGGGUGGAUGGAGGGUCUCCGGGACCGCUCGCGAUUCGAAACGUCGACGAUGGAAACGAGGAGGCGAUUGCGAGUGGAGUGGGGGCGAAGAAGCGCGCGCGUGGGGGGAUGGAUUCGUCGGCGGCGUCGCCGUCGACGCGCAGAACGCGUCGACGCGCGGCGAAAGAAAACGUCGUCGUCGACGACGAAGACGAUGGUGACGACGAUUGGUUCCCGAUCGUUCGUGGCAAGAAGUGUCCGGUUGUCAUCGUCGUUGAGGACACCGAGAGCUUCGACGCUCGCGUGCUCGAUUCGUUUCUGCGAAGCAUUUCAGAGUACGCGUCGAGAGUACCCGUCGUCGUGCUCCUCGGUUUGGCCACGAGCGUGAGUUCACUUCAGGGAAUGCUCCCGGCGUCUACCGCCGCCUUGCUUGACGCUCGCGCUUUCCAACUCUGGUCGCCGGGUCGCAUGAUGGAGGCGGUGCAGGAGCGCGUGUUGCUCAGUCCCGAGCUCGCGCCCGCGUUCGGAAGCGAAGUCUUGUCCUUGUUGCACACGCGCUUCAAAGAGCACGAUUUCUCACUCGCCGCCGUUCGUCGGGCGUUACACUUGCUCACGCUCACGCACUUCAUGACGGAGCCUCUGAGCGCGGUGCUGCCGUUGCUCGCCAAGGAUGUGAGCGAGGCGUGCGCCGACGGCGAAGACAGCGACGACGAAUACGGCGACGCCAUCGAUCAGUUCGUGCGCAGUCUCGGUGAGAGCGAGCUGGAGUAUGCGCGAAUGAAACACGGCAUCGGGCGACGUGACGGCGAAGAUUCAUCCCACUCGAACGUCAGGGACGACCUGUGCGCGGCGUUGCGGGACGUGUAUAGACUUCGAAGACGAUGGGAGCUCUCGUUGCGGUGCAUCCAAGUGGCGUGUGUGGCGACGGAAGAGAAAGUGAAGAAGAUUGCGACGACAAAACUAGCAGAUUUGCUUCUGGAUGCGUCUCGAACGGGGUACUUCAGCGGCGUCGACGCCGGUCCCAAAGGGCGAGGAGGUCCGGGAGACUCGCUCAUCAAGCUCGCGUGCGCACGCGUUUGCGACGAGUUCAGCACGGCGGAGAUCGGGAACGUGAUUAAGUCCAUGCUUAAGUUUCUCGACGAUGACGAGGUCAUGCGCUCGUCCGAGGGAUCAGAGCUUCGUUUCUUACUGUCUCGCAUCGAGGAGGGCGCGUUCAACGAGGUAGAUGCGCAACUUCGCGAGGCUCAAGCGGCAAGCGCGACAACCGUGCGCGAGUAUCCAACGGAGGAUCCAAAAGUCGCCAAACUCUCCGAAGAGGAGGAGAAGCGUCGCGCGAUCGAGCUUUUACUGGCAAACCGAAAGAGACGCGGCGGUGCUGGCGGUGGUUUCUCGAGCGCGAUGACGCCUGGGAAAACGCACAAUUUGACCUCCGACGGUGGCCUCGUUCUUCCUCACUCACCCGUUCGUGGACGAAGUGCGCCCGCUCCUUUGGCGAUCGCUGACGCACCCGAGUCGGAACCCUCGAAAGCUCUCGCUCUCGUACCUCGAGAGUCGAUGCAAUCGACCGCGGUGUCUGCCGCGGCGAACGAGUUUUGCGACAUCCUCAGAGCAAUCGCGAGAAAGUACGCCAGUCGCCCUCCAGAGUCACUUCCUGCAAGUGGUAUCUUCGUCGUCACCGAUGUCGAGUGCGUGCGCGCGGCGCUCCAGGCAUCGCCUCGACUGGCGCUUGAGAACACGCUCACGGAUCCAAGUGAAAUUUUAGCGUGCUCGUGCUGUCGAUUCGACAACGCCACGGCGCGCCAUCGCGUCCCGGCUUCUCUCCCCGACGCGGCGUUGGCCUAUCGAUUGCUCGCACGUUUCGGCGAACAAGCGCCGAUUUACGAUUGGUUCCAAAUUUUCUGCGAGUGUAAAUCCUUCGGCGCGGCGAGGCCCGGGGACAUCAACGCCGCGCGCGGCACGGGUACGUUUGGGUUACCUCGCGAAAAGCUCUGGGAGCUCCAGGCGAGAUUCACCCGCGCCGUGGCCGAGCUCGAAUUCUUAGGCAUCGCUCGUCCGUAUCAAAAGGGUCGCAAGCGCGUCGAGUACAUGGUGCGCACCGCGUUCCCGCUCGACAAGCUCGCGAGAGACGCGCACGGGAGCGCGCGCCCCACCGAGCGUCCCUUGGCCAUCGCCGAGCGAUGA